GUGCUUGUGUGUGUGCAUGGGUGUGUGUGUGUGUGUGUGUGUGUGUCUGACAAGAGAUAAAGUUAAUCAGAGGGAAAAGCAGGUUAGAUGUGGGGCUUUGCAGCACCCUGCAGACACACAGCCAGAUCAGGAACAGAAGGUGGAGCAGAGGGUGGAGCAGAGCAGAGCGACGGAGGUGCGGAGCAGGAGAGAUGGACGGUGAAGAAGCCAAGGAGCGAGAGAGCGAUGAGGCGAAGGAGCGCGAGAUGGCCUCCAGUAGAGGAGAGCGGGAGGAGGUCAGCAGGGAGGCCGAGGCCCAGGGCGUGGAGGAGUGGAAUGGCCUUCUCUACGACGCCACAGUGGAGAGGAGGAGGAGGAGGAGUGAGGAAGGUGACCCAGGGUUGCAGCGGGAGUCGGACAACCCCGUGACACCUCACUACGUCCUCACACUGCCAGGAUACAGCAAACGCUACCUGUGCUCACCUGAGGACAACAUAUACAACAUUAACUUCUGCCGCUUCAGAAUCAGGGACCUGACGAGAGGACAUGUGAUUCUGGAUCUAAAGAAACACUGUACGACAGAAAUUAAAGAUGUCAAGGACCUAGAAGCAGGACGUUUCAUCCGGUAUCGUUUCACUCCUGACUUUCUCAACCUCAGGGAGAUCGGAGCCACUCUGGAAUUCACAGUAGGCAGCAAGGCAGUGAGGAGGUUCAGGCUGAUAGAGAAACUUUACUUCAGAGAGAUUCUUCUCAAGACCUUUGACUUUGAAAUCGGCUUCUGCAUCCCAGACAGCAGAAACACCUGUGAGCAUAUCUACUGCCUUCCGGAUCUGGAUUCACACACCAUUGAGGAGAUGAUUGCCCACCCCUUUGAGACGUGCUCAGACAGUUUCUACUUUGUUAAUAAUAAACUGAUCAUGCACCACAAGGCAGAGUACUCAUUCAGCGAGGGAAUGGACAAGACUGAACUCACUCCCCCUCACAUGGCAAUGUGAAAGGAACAGGAGGAUCACUGUGUGUGUGUGUGUGUGUGUGUGUGUGUGUG